AUGGUGCACCUUUUUUCGCUGGCGAGCCUCUUGGCCUUGGCCCUUAUCAGUCUCGAUGUGACACGUUAUGUCUCCGCAUCAGCCGCUCCUUCGAUGUUGGAGAGGAAUAUACAGCACCCUAUGCGCCUCCCUGAACCCUCGAUAACAGACUCUCGCAAACACAACGACACCCUCUCGUUCAAUCUCAUUGACCUCCUUUCCCAGUCGCCCGACCACACCAUCUUGCUCCGUCUUCUCCAGCGAACUCGUCUCAUACCGACCUUGAACCGUCUUCAGGAGUUUGAUGACGGCUCCGGCCUAACCGUCCUUGCACCCACCAACGAUGCUUUCCUCCGCAAGAGGGAAGAGCAAAUAGCACAACGCAAGCAGGCCCUCGACCUUUUUCACGACUCGCCUACAUUUUGGGAGUAUCUCGUCGACGGCCGAGAGGACGUACAACCACCCCAUAUCGACGCCGACAAAACAACAUGUGUUUGGCACAACGGCGUCUGUGUGGCGGUAAGCAAUGUUAACGCUGUAGCUCGCCAGCACCUGCUCUACCAUCUCCUCAACUACACCCUUCCUUUUGCUCUCAGCGAUGACACCGGUUCUCAUUCUGUCAAACGUCCCCUUCCGGAGGUUGGACAGCCUCAAAUGCAUACGACACUGCACUUCCCAUCUCGACGCAUGCUCACAGAGCCAACAUAUCCAGGUCGUGUACCUGUCCCUGACCAAGAGGAUCACGGUGGUCUUCUAGGUCACCACGGUCAACGCAUGCGCAUUGCUCUCGUAGAAGAAAGAGACAAAGGUAAGGUUCAGCUCCCGACCUUGUUCGCACCACUCAAGUUGAAACGAAAAGCUCUCCGCUUUGGAGCCGACGAGAAAGGACAAGGUGGUGCAAAGUCGCUCUCCGAGGACUGGCGAUCCAAGAGCGGUGUCAUCCACUUCAUCGAUUCGGUCAUCGAUCUCCCGCCUUCCUUGGAGCAGGUCAUCCUCACCCAUCCGCGUCUUGGCGGCCUCCGACGUCUCAUCACCAAUGAUACUUUACACAGUCUCUCCACCGUCCCACACCUCACUCUCUUCCUUCCCGCCUCGGAUGCAUUUGAGAAGCUCAGCAUGAUCGAGUCCAGCUACCUUUUCAGCCAUUACCAGCAGGCUAUCUUGGAUCGUCUCAAACUUCUCGGCUGGCACAUGUCUGGAAGCGGUCUCGGCGAUCGUUCACCGGUCUACUCGGCUUCACUUCGAGCCGCUGGACGCGUCACGUUGGCAACCACUCUUGGCGGCUCCAUCACUGUGGAAGCAGAUCAGAAAGACGGUCCGAUCAAGGUUAUGGAUGCUCAAGUUGUACAGGAGGACAUUCUAACCGAGAAUGGCGUCAUUCAUCUGAUCGACGAUCUUAUCCUGCCCUUUGGUGACUUGGACAUGAGCAUCGAGGCCAAUCUCCUGGCCCUCAAUGCUACCCGAUUCGUCGAUCUCAUCUAUGAGGCCGGCCUUGAGCACUACAUCAACAAGCCUGCCCAUUUGCAACAGCAAGUCCGAGAAGCAUACACUUUCCUCGCUCCACGUGACGACGUCAUCGAUACUUGGUAUCCGGCUCAUCCGCCGCUACCACAACUCGCAAACCCAAGUGCGGGGCUCUCGCGCGAAUUGCGCAAGGGUCCCAACCCUAGCCUGGAAGAAGUGAUCCGCUAUCACAUCCUUCCAGGUCAGCUCCGGCCCGGAGACCUCACCAGCGGGAUGCUGCUCAACACCGAGCUGCGUGACUGGAAGCUGAGAGAAGGUCGGCAGAAGAUGCCGGUUCAGGUCGACGAUUCGAACGCAUCCGACAGAAAGGGCAAUGGCGACGUCGCCUUUGGAGACGCCAACGUCAUCAGGGAGCCCGUCAAUAUCAAGGAUGCUGCCAUCAUCUACGUCGUAUCACAACUCCUUCAACCUCCGUCAGAUCCCGUACAGACAGCCGUCUCCCACCUUUCGCUCUCCACCUUCGUCGCUACUGUCUUCAGCGCCGACCUCAAGAAGGCUGUCGAGCGCGCACCCGGCGUCAGCUACCUUGUACCUACCAAUGACGCCUUCACAGGACUCGGUCUCGCCAUGAACUACUUGUUGUUACCAGAUUCGCAGCACUUGCUUCAAGCGCUGGUCGAGUACCAUGCAAUUGACAAGAUCGCUUACAAAGCGGACUUCGCCGACCAAGAAGCCGACUAUCCCACCCUGCUACCGACUCUGGGGGCUAGACUUUCCAUCAAGAAACAGAAAAGCGGCAGCAUCGUAGUUCACAAGCCUGGCGAUGCCAAAGGUACCCUCUCUUACAUCGUAAAGGGAGAUAUUCUCACCAACACUGGCGUUAUUCACGAAGUUGAUCGCGUACAAAUCCCCUUUGAUCUUACCAUUCGUGAUCUGUUGAAAGGCGCAAAGGCUGACACGAUGGAGGACCUGAUGGUACAGGCAGGGUACGAGUACAUCCUGAACAGCACCAUACCCCAAAAUCAGAGUCUGGCUACUAGUCACGGCUUCAUCGUCUUGGUUCCGACCGAUAGCGCCUUCACAAAGGUCAACCUUUCAGCUAUUUUAGACGAUCGCGACCUCUUGGUGAGACUGGUGCAGCAACACCUGAUUCCGCUUUCGGACGACAAGGCUGUUGAUGCCUUGCUUCCAGAUGGACGCGGCGACGACAUUGGCAUGAAGGACGAGAGCUCCUUUGCUACUCUUCUAGAUCGGUCUCAGGGCGGACCCAGCUGCUACGGACAAGUGGGAUUCCGAAGGAUAUCUUCAGGCAGCACCAGUCGAUAUCGACGCAAGUCUUCUUACGACUCGAUCCCGGAUGAUCCUGAUAACCCUGGCCUGGGCUGGAUCGUGGGCAUCAAGAACACAAGAGGCUCUUCGGCAAGUCGUCACGCUGCCACUUUGAUGGCGUUCGGCCGUGAGACUCGAGGAGUCAGAGGCGACAUUCAUCUCGAGCGACCUCCCAUUGGCGGCGUUUUCCAGAUUGACUCCGUCCUCGUUCCUUACGAGCCGGAUUGGUUCUACAGAUGGGGCUGGAUCGUUUUGACUUGUGCUCUCGUUGCGCUUGCGCUUUCCUUGGCCGGCUUCUACCUCUUGCGAUGGUGGAGAGGUGACAACCGCAUCCAACUUCCUGAAGCCUUGGAAGGCGAAGAAGAGUAA